UAGUUUGCAUAUUUUCCUCAGUUAAAAGGAAUAAUUAGGUCUACAUCUUUCUAAAAAUUCUAUUUAGGUCAUUAAUACACUGGCCCAUCAACUUGUAUUGUCAUUGUAACUUGGACGACAACAGCAUCGUGACUCACUGGCAGAAGGGUUUCUGUGUCCCAGCAUCGUUGCCAUUCCUUAAACUGGGCAGGCUGCUUUUCUUGAGCGCAUGUGUCAGCGCUGCCUGAGGGACUGAUAAGCAAACAGGAACUUGUCGUGCGGUGACUUUAUGCCUGGGUAAACGAAAGAGGACUGGCGGGGACCACGGGUUGAAUCUGUUUUGUUUUUAUUUUCAGAGGACUCCACAUGGAACCCACCAAUCUACAGAAAGCUAUUGCAGUAGCACAGAAGGCCUCAGAGGAAGACCAGGCUGGGAACUAUGAGGAGGCCAUCCGCUCCUAUCAACAUGCUGUCAAGUACUUUCUGCACAUUUUAAAACGUGAGCCCCAAGGAAAAGAUGGCAACCAGAAGAUCAGAGAUAAAUGUAAACAGUACCUGGACAGAGUCGAAGAACUACAGCAGUACCAAGUGAAUAAAGAGAAAGCCAUUGAUCUCGCCAGCAAGGCGGCUCAGGAGGAUAAAGCUCAGAAAUACGAGGAGGCUCUGCGUCUUUACCAGGCUGCUGUUCAGUACUUCCUCCAUGUGGUGAAAUAUGAAGCCCAGAGUGGCAAAGCUAAAGAAAGCAUCCGGGCAAAAUGUGCUGAAUACUUGGACAGAGCAGAGAAGUUGAAGGAAUAUCUAAAGAAGAAAGAAAAUGCUCCUCCCGCCAAGCCUGUGAAAGAGUCGGGAUCUGAUGACAAAGGGAAUGACAGUGAUGAUGGUGAUGAUCCAGAGAAAAAGAAGUUCCAAAAUCAACUCUCAGGUGCAAUUGUUAUGGAGAAACCAAACAUCAAAUGGAAUGAUGUUGCUGGUUUAGAGGGCGCCAAGGAGGCACUGAAAGAAGCUGUCAUUCUUCCAAUCAAAUUCCCUCACCUUUUCACAGGAAAGAGAACUCCGUGGAGAGGGAUCUUGCUCUUUGGACCUCCAGGUACAGGAAAGUCCUACCUGGCUAAAGCUGUUGCCACAGAGGCAAACAACUCCACUUUCUUCUCCAUCUCCUCAUCUGAUCUUGUCUCCAAGUGGCUGGGAGAGAGUGAAAAGUUGGUGAAGAAUCUUUUUAGCCUUGCAAGGGAGAACAAGCCUUCUAUCAUCUUCAUUGAUGAAAUUGACUCUCUGUGUGGCUCAAGAAGUGAGAAUGAGAGUGAGGCUGCUCGCCGUAUUAAGACAGAGUUCCUGGUCCAGAUGCAGGGUGUGGGGAUUGACAAUGACGGAGUGCUGGUACUCGGGGCAACAAACAUCCCAUGGACCCUAGACUCUGCCAUCAGAAGAAGGUUUGAGAAGAGGAUCUACAUCCCGCUGCCUGAGGAGCAUGCACGCUCCUUCAUGUUCAAGCUCCAUCUGGGCUCAACCCCCAACAGUCUCACCGAAAGUGACUUUGUCACUCUGGGCAAGAAGACAACUGGAUACUCGGGAGCAGAUAUCAGUAUCAUUGUCAGAGAUGCUCUAAUGCAGCCUGUCCGAAAGGUCCAGUCAGCAACCCACUUCAAACGGGUACGAGGUGCAUCAAGAACUGACGCCAACAUGGUUGUAGAUGACCUUUUGACUCCUUGCUCUCCUGGCGAUCCCAAUGCAAUUGAAAUGACAUGGAUGGAUGUCCCCGGGGAGAAACUACUGGAACCUGUAGUAUGCAUGUCUGACAUGCUGAGGUCUCAGACCAACACAAAGCCUACAGUCAAUGAACAAGAUCUGGAGAAGCUCAAAAAAUUCACAGAGGACUUUGGACAGGAAGGCUAGGUGGGAUGAUUGGCCCAAGCCAAACCAAAGCAAAGAAAUUGUGAUUGUCUUUCUGUCCUGUCCUUGUCCCUUUUUUCUCUAUAUGUCUGUCUCAUCAUAACCAUUCACCAGGUUUCAUGGAUUAUCACAAGUGGACCAGAUUGCUGCACGGUUUUGCCAAUUUGAUAACCACCCAAAGGGUGGAAGGACCUAGUUUUAUUUGUUAUCAAACAUAGUCCAAAGAACAUUUAAGCCUUCCAAUCUGCAGCUGACCUGGUAAAAGAAUCAAUACAACAUAAAGAAUUUAGAGGGUUGUUUGACCUAUGCACUAAAGACUAAAGGGAUUGUUGAGCAGAAACCCCAAGCAACUUAAACCAAUGGCAUACAUAAACAGGUAUUACAAAUACUGCUAUUGAAAUCAAGCUGAUUUAUUUUAAGUUGGGGAUGAGCUUAUGUCCUUAUUCCAGUCAGAAUGCAUCUCACUAGACCAAUAAAUUCCCCUCAUGUAGUCUCUAUUUUAUAUUUAGAAUAACAAGCAUUUUAUAGUGUAUACUGUACUUUGUGGAAUGUAUAAAUCUUGGGCUGACGGAGUAAAGCAGGGCAUGAGUUCAUAAAAUUUGUUGUGGUGAAAUAUGUCUUUUUUUUUUUUAAACGGAUACUCAGGAUGAGAGCUGCAUUCGGGCCUGUGGAAAUUUUGGGUUUAUCCAUUUUUUCUUAAAAAGGACAGUUGUAUUUGUUUACGUCUUCAUCUUUUGAAUUACGGCUAUAAGGGUGGAUCACCAAUGGUGCCAGACCAGCAUUAUUUAACAAUUUUUAAGGAUUCAGUAGUUUUGAAUUGCUUUGUCACUCAGCUCAUGGGUUUUUUUUCACAACCUACUGUUUAUAUUUUCCAUUACUUUUCACAGGCUUUGCUGGUUAUCAUUAUGUAAACUGCAAAAAAACUAAGCCUUAUGUUAAAAUAAAGUCACAUUAUGAAUUUUGAUAAAACAACACAAAGUUGGACACUGAUUCAGGUGGAGAGAUCAUCUUCUUGUAUCCUUAACAAUAUAGAAAUGCAUCUCCAAGCAUGAACUAAAUGUAGCCAUGAACAGCAGUGUGCACCAUGUGCCUUCUCGAAAAGCUGCAAGAUUAUUAUUAUUUUUUUAUUGGUUUAUUUCUAAAUGGGUCAUACUGCUUAUAUAUCCCGUGCUUUGUCACUACAACUAAGAAAUGUAUAAUACUUGCACAUUUCAUGUAAGCUCUUUUAGAGAUUGUAUACAAAUGUGCUCUUUUGCUCCUAAGGUGUGCAAACUUAUUUCUUUUGAGUUUUGAUGGGAACAUCUUUUUAUUUUACUGUAAAUGUCUAUACAUAUAGCCAAUUCCUGAGCCUUUUCUUUGUGAAGAGGUUACACAUGCAUAACAUUUUCUGUUUUUUGUUUGUUUUGUUUCCAUUAUGUAAAUAAACGUUAUAGCUACUUCAAUAAAA